GUUAACACAUACGACAUACUCAGGCGCCAGUGUUUGCACACGAACUAUAAUGAAAGAAAAACAUAACACAUCGAGCCUGAUGUGUUUGUUGCGACCUCGUGGAAUUGAUUUAGGCCGACAUUUCUAAGUAACAAUAAAAUAUAGGAACGUGAAAUAACAUAACAGCUACACUAAACUACUCGAUGAAAUAAUCAAAAUCACAAUAGUCACAACGGCUGUUCAAAUGCAAGGUAAGAGAAGCGGAUGAUAGCUAUAAACUCAACAAAUACAACUGAUCAUUUUUUGUUAAUGAUAAGUUUAAAUGAGACGCAAUGUUUCACAUGGGAUACCGCAUUUUAUAACAUUCUUAUCUUUAAAAAAAAAAUUAUUUAUUAAAAAAAAAAUAAUAAUUUAUAGCUCUUUUUAAAAUCAUAAAAUAAAAAUCAUUUGUAACAUUAUUAUGAUUGUGAGUAGUGGCGUAGCCAGGGGUGGUAACGCCUGGUGUGCGUUUUGGCGCCUUCCUUAAACAAAAAACGCACACAAAAAAAAAAAAAAAGCCUCUGCAGUUGCCUGGAAAUGGUCCCCCUCAAUCAUGGGCGCCCGCAGAUGGGGGCAAGGGGGGCACUUGCCCUCCGGAUUGAUUGGAUACAUUUUUUUAGACAAAAAAAUGUAUUAAAGUAAAGAGAAAAUAACCAAGCUGAUGUCCUGUCCGUUCGUUCAUCAUACAAAUACGCUACAGUAAAUUAAAACUACAUUAAAACAUUACUAACAAUUUUUUGCCCCCCCCCCCCUGGGAAAGUUAAUAGAUUUUUUUGCCCCCCCCCCUAGAAAGUUUUCUGCCAGCGCCCAUGCCCUCAAUAUAAAGUAAAAAGCCCCGCCCCCCCCCGAGCCAACCGCCAACACCACCUCUGCCACUAGGCACCUGGCAGAAAAGCUAUGAGUAGCCUAACUUAGCUAUAUGUUGUAAAUAAGGUUUUUCCGAUAUCUUUUCUGUAUGAUAGUUCACUGUAUGUGCUGAGACUACUGAGAGGUUUACUUCAGAGAUCAUAAGAGUUAUAAUGACAGUGUUAUAUCUGCUUACACUUACACCUAGAUGAAUUCUGUAAAUUACCAUGUUCAUGAUUUGUGCAUCUUCAUAUAACUAUUCUGUCAAUCAUUAUUUAUUGAUAUUUUUAAUAAAUAUAUUAAUAUAUAUCUGUAUAUUAUUUUUUAUUGAAUUGUGCCACUAUAAUAAUUGUUAUGAGUAAAUAUUAAAUUUGAUUUUAAUUUUAAGGUAGACAAAGGAUUGUUUAAAAAAAUGGAAUCCCGGCCUUUUGUCCCAGAAAGAUAUUUUAUCGACGAAGACUUUCAAGUUAUCACAGUUCCCCCAAAGUGCCUUAAAGAGCAGACUCACAAGAACUAUCAUUAUCUGAAAAACCUGACUCUAGAAAACCUGCCAGAGGGGUGGAGAAAGGAAACUGUUUUACAAGAUUUAAAAGUAAUUAUUAAAAUGAGUUCCUGCUAUGACCACUCUAUUAAGUGUGCGGGCCUACACUGUUACUGAAGUAAUGGAUUGAUUACCGUGAAGUAAUUUUACUUAAGCAUACACUGUUAGUGAAGUAAUGGAUUGAUUAUCAUGAAGUAAUUUUACAUAAGUGUACACUCUUACUAAACUAAUGGAUUUAUUAUUGUGAAGUUAUUUUACUUAAGCAUACACACUCUUAGUGAAGUAAUGGAUUAAUUAUCAUGAAGUAAUUUUAUUGAAGCAAACACUGUUAACGAAGAAUGGAUUUCCUAUCAUGAAGUAAUUAUACUUCCACUGUUACAGAACUUAGUAAUAUUAUUAUGAUAAUCAGUCUGUGAUGACUCAAAAAAAAAACCAACAACAUAUGCACCAAAAACCAAAACAACAAACAGAAUAAUUUGUAACACAUUUUAUUCUUAUUAUUUUAAAAUGAAUUGAAUUGAAUGAAUGCUCAAUGUCUUUAAUUUAUUAGUGACUCAAAAGGCAAUUUAAUCAUUUACUUACUUGGAGCAUGAAGUUUAAACAAUUUUUUUUUAGGAAGAACGUAUUUCCCACACUUGCAUGCCAUUGGCUCUGUGCAAUUAAGGUGUACAUUUUAUGUACGCACAUGACAUUUUAUUUCAGACACAGCUAUUUUAUGAGCAAGUUACAUCAUACUUACUAAACAUCAAUACUAUUAUGUUUUCCUACAACUGUUUCGGGAAAAGAAUGUUUACUUCUUAUAUUUGUGAACAUUUUCUUAUUAAAAUAUGUGUAUUCCAAUUUAUUUCAGAUGGUGGCCAGACGUGUUGUUCAUCUGACUGUGGUUAAACUUAGUCCUUCUCGUGGGCCUCUCAGUAAAAUUAAGUACUCCUCGGGUUCAGGGUUCAUAACCUUUCACCCAAAGUAUGGGGCGAUAAUCAACACAAGCAAGCAUGUGGUCUAUGAUCCAUUUGAAGCCAGACACACUAUAAUCAGACCUUUUUAUGAAGAUAAUGAUAACAUUCGCCAGGAUAUGAAAGCUAUGGAACAGAUGAAAGAUCAGAUAAUUCAUGAGGAAACCCAAUGUGGUGUAACUCCAAACUUGGUUUUGUUCAGGGGAAGUGACAACUACUUUAGAUCUGUUAUGGCAAGUGAUUACACUGCAUUUUCAUGUGAACCUCCACUGCAUACUUUUUUUACCACAGAAGAAGUUGAGUUGUCAAAUCCUGCCUUUUCUUGGUGGAAGUUUAGCUUACGCAGGCUUGUGUUCGUUCCACAAAUAGACAUUGAUGUAGCUGUUAUUUCUCAUCCUCACAGUGAGCCUAAACAAAUUUCAUUUGGAAAGUAAGUUGUGUACAUCAGCAUCAGGAUAAAAAAAAAAUGUUAAGUUAUACAUUUUUGUGAACAUCUUACUUUAAAUAGCACAAAAAAUGUUUUUUAAAAAAUAGUUUAACAAAAUUGUUGGCCUUAUGGCACAAUGGUAAUGUUGUUGGUCUCACUAGCAAGAGGUAGCUCACCACACAUGGAUAAAAUAAAUUUUCAGGUGGAAUGGAUGAGCAAGCAAAGUAUAGUAAUUGCUUUCAGAUAGGAGGCCUGAAUAACUUUAACCACCAAAAGCAAAAGAUGUCAGCCAUGUUAACUUUGGACAAAAAAAAUGUUUGGUUGUUUGUUUUUAAAAACAGCUUUAUUCUGAUCAGCUGCCCAAAGAAAGGCAAAGUUCAUUAAAGACAAUUAAUAUUAUAAGCAAAAUCUUAUUUAAGAAGUCAAAACUAUUUGAUAGAAAUAUAUUUCUUGUUUUGAAUAUAUUUGAGUAUGUUAAAAUAAUACAUUUUAAUCUCCAACAUCCCAAUUUAGAAUGUCACGUUUAAUUAACCUUGUGCCUGCCCUCUAUGAUGCCGCAACAUGUCCUGGAUCAAGUGGUGCCCCAGUUAUUAGACUUGAUCUGGAUAGCACCCACUACAUCAGUGCUGGGCAGUUUGUUCACCAUGGUUACUGCAAGGAAGUUCUAGAUUUGGCCAUGGGCACUGUCAGGCCACCAAUUGCUUUCCCAUAUUGGGAAAAACUAGAUACAAAUGUAAAUUUUCAUAAAAUGUACUAAUAUCUGAAAUUUAAAUUGUUCUAAUUUUUACAUUAUUUUGUUUAAUAAUACAUUUUUGGAGAAAAAAAACACGUAGAAACAAAGUUAAUUAUUUAAAAAUUUAUUUCCAUGCUGCAAACAUAUCAAUUCUUAUUUGUGAUUCUUAUUUUUCAAUGCCUGUCCCUUUCAUACUUUUUAAAGCCAAAUUUUAUCUAACAAUUUUACGUAAAGAGAGUAGUGAUAUAUGUUAUGAAAAGAGCAUAAACAUAUUUUUAAAUGGUUAUGAAAUGUGUUUUUAUUUUCGCAGAAUAAACUUUGUGAAGCUAUCAACAUACUUUAUGAGCCAGUGUUAUACUGGACCUUAUUUAUCUGUGACUUUUUAUAUUUGGAAGGAACACUUCGCAGUUCACUUGAUGUCUUUGCGUACACUAGUAGUUUUGCUGCACUCCUCCUAUCUAGUAAGUUACAUAAAUUGUAAUGAAAAGGAAAAAAGUCUGUAGCAUUUUUUCAAGUGUAAGAAUGAAAGCUCUUUGACUUUAAAAAAACAAAACAUUAGCAGCUCAUGGUAAAAAUGCUGCAAGAAAUUAGCCUAGAAAUGCGUUCAAUGUUCUUCAAUAAGAUUUAGAGAACCCAAGAUGCUUCUAACAGAUUUUUGUAUAAUAUGGUGAAAAUACUUAUACUUUAAAAAGUUGUGUAAUCAUGCUUUCAAGAAAACAUACUAAAUUUAUCAAUGCUUUGACAAGAAAAUGAUGUAAAUGUGUUAUCUUUGCCUCAACCUAAGUUAAUAAUUUAAAUUUCAUCUGUUCAUUGCAGCAAAUUGUUUGCUAUUCAAGAUUCUUUUUAUUGGUUUCUGGAUGCAUAUUUCUGUGAGCACCAUUUGUUCAAUGAGAAAAGCUGGAUUUCGCUUUGCUCUGUGUGAAGUGAUGGGUACCUUGAUAAGAAUGUCACAGUUCUUAGUGGCAUGGACGUUUCUAUGCUUCCCAUGGCCUUUCAGCAAUAUAUUUGUUGUAAUUGCAGUAUGGAUUUUUGUUCUGUAUCUAGAAAGGUAUACAGCAUUAUAUAUUAAAUUUUUGUAAAGCUACUCCACUUUCUUCCAUAUUUCUGUGCAUAUAUUAAUAUAUAUAUAUAUAUAUAUAAUUAUAAUAAUUUGCUUGUGGUUAUCAUCUAAACAUUUGACCAUUUGCUGGAGUAUUUGUUGCACCAGGUUUAAUAAAAAAAUGUGUCACAAUUCUGAUUUUAAAUAGCACCUAAAAAAACUUCUUAAAAUAUUUAAAACUAUUAUGGGUCAAGAUUUCCAUGCUCAGGUAAAUAUGUUUCAAUUUGUGUUGUAGUUUAUUUGAAAUCUGUAAUGAAAUUCAAUGUAGAGCUGAUAAAAUUAGUUCUUUUUAUUAAUCUCAUUUGAAAGAUUAAAUUUAAAAUACUUAAGCCAUAGGUUAAUAAACCUAAUUUAAAAAAAAAUGUGAUAAGAAUUGUAAGCACCAAGUUCACCUGCAAAAGUUUUAGUUUUUUCUUUCUUCCUAAACAUUAAAAGUCUUUAUUUAUCAGUAAAUAAAAAAAAAACAACCUACACAUUAACUAAAACUAAGUUAAACAAGAAAUAUGAUAUCCUGGAAUUCAUAUUUUGUUCACUAUUACUCUCCAUAUAUUUUGUAAAGAUUUUUUUAUCACAUUUAUUGAUAAUCACCCCAAUAAAUAUUAAUUAUACAAAGAUUCAAUGAUAAUAGAAAAAAAAGGUGUUGUUAUGGUACAAAUUUGAUUACCUUUAGAUAUAAAGUGUUGAGUGUUCGGGCUGAUUUUUGUGGAAUUUCUUACAAUUGACCUCUGGUUAAGUCAUAGUUUACAGCAUGCAUUUUUCUUCAAGUUAAGGGGCAUUACUUACUUAUCAUAUAUAUUUAAAAGUAUUAUUUGAAAAUGAAAUUGUGGCAUGAACAUACAAGAGGAAACAUCUUUAUCCUUGUAGUACUACUAAGACAUUUGAUUUUAAGUUUUCUAUUUGUCUGAAGUAAUUGAUAUUUUUCAGCCCCUAUAUGCAGCUGAUGUUUUAUUAAUAACUUAUUUUUCUAAAAUUUUUCUUUAAUAUAAUUUUUUUUUUGUUGCAGAUUCUUUUUCAUCUCAUCUCGAUUUACUAAAAGAACAAUCGGAUCCUUUCCAGAAGUGAUAAAGCGCCAGUUAGCCAAUGAACUUAAAAUUAAAACCAAGAGGUCUGGGCAUGACUUAAUUUUAACUACAAAUGACCAAUAAAUUUAUUGCCAGAGACUUGUAGGCAUGACAAGAGGUUUUAAAUGAAACAUUGAUUUCACUUACAAGAACCCCGCCUUGAUGUCAAAGUCUGUCGCCUAAUUUAAGUGACAUGUGAUGCAGCAUAGACCAGUAUCACUUACAUUUCAGUUUUAAAAAAGACUACAUUUUUUUUUUUAAAUGGUUCUUUUUAAACUGAAAUGUAAGGGAUACACGCUUUAAAUGUAGGCCUAUCACUUACAUUUUUUGUUUUAUAAAAACCACUGAAAGAAAAAUUGUUGCUAAGCUAAAACUGAAAUUUAAGUGAUACUUGUGAGGCAUGAAUGAGAGAAACAAAACUCAAAUCCAAGAAUUCAAUGAUUUAAUCAACAGAUUUUUGUGUGAGAUCAACAAAAUAAUAAAAUGGUACAAAAAGAUCCCAAACAGAGAUCAUAUGGGAAAGAUCAGGAGGUGAUCCAUGAGCCGCAGGAAAAACGGAGAUCAUAUGGGAAAGAUCAGGAGGUGAUCCAUGAGCCGCAGGAAAAACAGAGAUCAUAUGGGAAAGAUCAGGAGGUGAUCCAUGAGCCGCAGGAAAAACAUAGAUCAUAUGGGAAAGAUCAGGAGGUGAUCCACGAGCCGCAGGAAAAACAGAGAAGGAAAAGGAGAUGGAUUGGCUAUACAUAGAAGAAACCAAAGUCAAUUUUAAUUCACAUUUCAUCAUAUCUCUUUCAUGGAGUCAACAGGGUAUCAUUUUUAAAAAGAGAGGAAGACCACAAACCACAUGGCGAAGGGACUUGUCAGGGGGAACGAGAGAAACGUCAAGACUCAGAAUGAGCUGGAUAGAACAAAUUAGAACUGAGAUGAUGCGAAAUAGUUUUUGAACUGGAUGUCAAAGAAUGAAAAGUUGUACGUUUAUUUUAAAAUGUUGCCCACAGUGAAAGGAUGAUUGAGUUGUGAUAUGGUUUUAAUAUAUUUACAUUUUUUCAAAGAAGCUAAGAAAAUUUCUACAAAGAUGUGACAAAAUAAAAUGCCCAAAUAAACGAAGUCUUUGAAAAUUUUAUCUUCGAAUUAAAUUUUGUUUUGAAUUUUAGGCCAAACAUAGAAGUGAAAGAAACUGAAAUAUUACACAUGAUGUUGUAUUUUAAAAAUAAUGAAUAAGGGGAAAACAAUAUUUACAGAUUUUUAUGGCAUGUUCAACUGCACAUGAAAUCUCUUAGGUUAAAACUGAAAUAUUGCUGACAAAAUAUUCUGUUCAUGUGUCCAAAGCCGGCCCUACGGUUGCUGGUGCUCCAGGCAGGCUUAACUUUAGUGCCCCUUUUAAGUAUAAUCUUGAAAAUUUGUACAAGGAGAAAAUUGGAAUAGAUAAUGAGUUAAUUACCUAGGUUGUGUUUUUUUUAACAAAGAAGGAACAAUAAAAUUAAAUUCUUAACUUGUAUUUGGACAGUUCUCAAAAUUAGCGUACCAUGGACAAUAUAAACAAUUAGCCUACCAUGGACAAUAUAAACAAUUAGCCUACCAUGGACAAUAUAAACAAUUAGCCUACCAUGG